GGACAAGGCAAGCGCCAUAUUGGUUUUGGGUCUACAUCCUCUCACAGAUAAUUUAUCCUGUUUGGUAAUAGGUGCACACUUUGUACUUAGUAUUGGUCGUGUUUUCGAGAGGAGACAGGCUGUCGUUGCUGCAUAUUUUUGCGUUGGAGACCAUCUCCUCAUUAUUUGUGGUGGCGAGUGCUUGGUUUAUUGGCUGUUUUUUGUUCAGAUAAUUAGUUGCCCUCGAAAAUUGUCARCGAUCAGAUGACUUGAUGACUUGGCUCUAGUAUGGAGGCUAUGAAGGCCAAGUAUUCUCUUGCUUCUACACAGAACGGGUGACAAACAGUGGUUAAACGUUUAAGUACARUUUAUGAAAGAGUCCUCGAUGGAUUCAAACCCUUCUGAUCUCCAGCACCAAGGUCAACAUUUGAUACAACGUUGCGUGAUUGUCCAGCGUGAUGAGAAAGGUUAUGGUCUUACUGUGACAGGAGAUAAUCCUGUCUAUGUACAGUCUGUGAAAGAUGAUGGUGCUGCCAAAAGAGCUGGAGUGCAGAUUGGUGAUAGGAUUAUGAAGGUCAAUGGUACAAUUGUAACUCACCUAAACCACAUUGAUGUUGUUGAACUCAUCAAAUCUGGUUCAUUUGUUGCCCUCACACUCCUUGGAAAGCCUCCAGCUCCUCCAUCAGGAUCCUCCUCUCCACCAMCAGACCAAGUAGCAUCUCAUCCUCCCCAAUCACCGACAAGAGACCACUGUAAAGAUGAAAAGACUAUGUCAGUUAAGCGUACAUUGGACCAAGAAAGGGCGUUUUAUGAGAAAACAAGAGAGGAAUACACCAAGAAGCCAUCUGAAAAAYUACAAAAGCUACUUGCUGAAUCCACCACUCGCAUCAAAGCAUUUGAGGCUGAAUUGGCUGCUUUAUGUGGGAGUAACAGAUAUGAACAGGCAUUGCAAUCUAAUAAUGGACCCUUAUCUGCACCUGCUGGAAGGACACACAAUGUUGGGCAAAUUCCACGGUCCCUUUCAGAGAGCGAAUGGCUUUCUAACAAAAACAACAUUACAAAUGGCAGUUUUGAAGGUGACAAGACUUUUCCUCUCAUCCAACCAGAUCACAGAGCUAAAAGUGACCUUGGGUCAAAAAUUGAUGGUAUUAAAAGUGCUAAGUCAUCUAAGUCCAGGACGCUUCCUGGGAGAUUACGCAAUAAACAAAAUCCUAUUUUUCCAGAGACUGGUCAGCUCAGACAACAUUCCAAUCCAGAGGCAUUUUUUCGUCCUGUCGGUGAAGAUAAUGCAAAAAGAAAAAAGUCAAAAGACAAGAAAUACAGCCUGGGUGAAUUAAUAUCUAAUGGAUUUACUCCUCCCUCRCCAUCAUUUCUCAGAAAGUCUUUCAACGAUAAGAGGUCACCACUUACGAUACCAAAUGCAUGGGGAGAGGCAGAUAAAAGAGCAAGUGGAAGUUCACCUACUCCAGACAUAGAACCAGCAGAGAAAAGAGAACGUAGUGGAUCAAGACUGUCAAAUGAAUCUAGUGAUAAUGUGUUUGUGAAUGACAAUAAAAUAAAACAAGAUACAAAGCCCAAGACACAGAUGCAAAUUCUUGGCCAGGAUGAUGAUGAAUUUCUUUCUGAUGAUGAAAAGUUUGGAGAGGAACAUGGACCAUUUAAUGAUCUGGAGCUUCUCAAAAAUAAACCUGCCCACUUAGCUGUCUUUCUGCAUUAUCUUAUCUCAAAUAGUGACCCAAGUAGCUUGUUUUUCUGGCUUGUCACAGACUCACAUAGAGAAGGCAAUUACAAGGAAAUGAGGAAAUGGUCUUACGAAAUUUAUUCCUCUUUCUUAGCUGACAAAGCACCACUCAAAGUUGACAUUGAUAAAGGAAUUGUUCAAGCUAUUGAGGCUACUCUAGGAAAGGAAUGUAGUGAAGAAACCUUGAGAGACCUAUUUGUACCUGCAAGUUCGGCUUGUACCAGUGAAAUCAAUGAACAACUGGCAGACUUUAGAAGCAAAAGGGCUCUUGGUCUGGGGAGUUUGUUUGGUGAUAAUCAGUUAGAAGAUGAAAAUAUGGAUAGAAAUAAAGAGAUGGAAGUUGUGGAACAUAUUCUUCUUCAUCACCUGGAAAAUUCAUUAAUGGAACUAAGUUCAUCACCUCCUAACAGUGCAGAAUAUGAUAGAAGCUCUGCCAUGGCAUCUGCUUUGACAACAUUUAUGAAGCAAGCUGGUUUACCAGUCAAGCCUGGUUCCAACCAUGCAAAUAUUUUAGAAAAAUGUUCAAGUUUUACUCAAAAAGAAGGAAAGUCAUUAUUUAAAAUUAAAACCAGCAAAAAGAUAAAAGGCCAUCAUGUAGUGAGUACCCACUAUACCAACAUUACCUUUUGUAACUACUGUGGGGGUCUACUGUGGGGAGUUGCUGAUCAAGGCUAUCAAUGCACUGUUUGUGAUUAUAAUGUUCACAAAGCAUGUUUUGAAUCAAUCGAAGAAACCUGUCCUGGGCCAAAAUCAAAACGAUCAAAGAAAGGAAAUGGGUCAGGAUCUACAAGAAGAACAGCUCUUCCAAAUAGAUCAGUAUCAAGUGCAGGAGAUGGACGCCAUGUAACAAACUAUCAAUUCAUCCCAGCCUAUAACCAACCAGUCAAAGACAAAGAUGGCGAUGUUAAUGAUGAAUCCAGAGAAGUAGAGGUCACAACAGAUGAGAAUUUGCCUCCAAGAAAAGAAAACAGAUUAUAUCCCAAAAGUGAAGAUGGUGGUGACAUUGAAUCUUGCUCUGAAGGAGAUGAUAGGCCUAUGUCAUCACCAGAGGAAAUGAUUAUCCCUCCUGCAUCAGCCAACACUGUCAAGAAAAGUAAUCAUGAACUGUUCGCUUCAAGGAAAUUCGUCAUAAGAUCAGAGAGUGUAAAAACACCAAAAGAAAUAGCUCGCAAGAAACCUAUUGUGUCAGGAGGUAUCAUGAAUAGAUCAAGAAAGUCAGUUGCUGGUGGAGACUUCUUUAACAGAGAUAAUGAUUUAGAUGCUCUUUGUGUUGCAAGGGGUAAUGACUCACCAACAUUAGCACUGGAUGCUGUCUCAGAAGAUGCUCAACGUGUACGCUCACGUUCUGCUACCUUUCCUUUAAUAGAAGAAGAAUUCGACUCCGAUAUGGAAGCAGAYUCACAACCACCAUGGCAAAAUAUUGUAGAUAAGAAGAUUUUAAAGAAACUUAAACAAAAGGAAAUAAAAAGACAAGAAGUCAUCCAUGAACUUAUACACACCGAAAAAACUCAUGUUAGAAACCUUAAAGUAUUAGAUAAAGUAUUUUAUAGACCUAUGAAGAAGAUGAACAUUUGGCCAUAUGAUAUGAUCAAGUUAUUAUUUCCCAAUUUAGAUGAACUUAUUCAGAUACAUGUGUCGCUCCUCCAAGCCAUGAAAAAAAGAGAGCUAGAAUCAGAGGUCAUCUCUCGUAUAGGGGACAUUAUGCUAGACAGGUUUGAAGGUGAAGCGGGGGAAAGAGCACGCGAAACUUGUGCAACAUUCUGCAAUAAUCAAAAAUAUGCCCUGGACCAACUAAAGCAACGAAAGUCAAAAGAUCCAAAGCUUGCACAAUUUAUCACAAACUGUGAAUUAAACCCGCUUUGUCGAAGACUAAAACUCAAUGAAAUAAUCUCAACCAGUUAUCAGCGACUUACAAAGUAUCCUUUAUUGCUGGAAGGCAUCAGCAGAAAUACGCCAAGCUCAUUAGAAGAUAGUAAAGAAAUUGAAAGAGCAAUAACGUGUACCAAGGAUCUUCUCGCCUGGGUCAAUCAAAGUGUAAAAGAAUGUGAAAAUCACCAGAGGUUAAUCGAAUUUCAAAAAAAGAUCGACAAACGUCAGAUAGAUAAUAUGUCUGAAAAGUUUGACGAGUUCAAGCAACUUGAUCUCACCAAGAAAAAACUCGUAUAUGAUGGUCCUUUGACUUGGAGAAUCAGCAGUAAGAAAUUGAUAGAUCUUCACGUUUUAUUGCUGGAGGACAUGUUAAUCCUAUUGCAGAAACAGGAUGACAAACUAAUCCUGAAAUGUCAUAGUACCAAUAUAUCAAACUAUCAAGAAAAGACAGAAAAGCAAACUCAUAGUCCAAUUCUCAAACUGAAUAAUCUUUUAACAAGAAACGUUGCAACAGAUAAAAAAGCGUUUUUCCUCGUCGGUACAUCGACGGCAGGACCACAGAUAUACGAACUGGUAGCAGCGACAAUGACUGAACGAAAAUGUUGGUAUAAGCACGUCACUGACACGAUAGAAGCUUUCAGAUGUAGAGACCGAGGUCGAAGAGGUGGAGUCUCUGUAGCAGGGGUAACACCACGUGGACCCGAGCCCUCUCUGAAACGACGUGGUGGCAUUCCUCCCCCAGGAAUCUCCAUGGCUCCCCCUCCCCCUACAGUGCAAGAAAAUGGAAAAAGCAAUGAAGAGGAGGAGGACGAAGAACACAAAGAAGACGAAGAGGAAGAUUCCACAGAGUCUGUUCAAGAGAGCAAAACCACGAGCUCAACUAGAGAGAUGGAGGAUUCAGUUGUUGUGAUCCCUGUAGAUUCUCUUCCACAUCCUGAACCUGAAACCGAAACAGAGACCGAAACUGAAACGGGAGAAGAUCAAGAAAGUGAGAACGAACCACUGCCMCCACCACCACCACCACUAGAGUCUGUUACAGAUAGCGAGCCGCUUCCUCCACCUCCGCAGAUAAGAGCAAGUCGACCUUCCCCUCCCCCCAUAUCUGUCGUGCCACCUCUCUCCUCUCUAUACGACAAGACAUUUGUUGCUGACCUUACAAAUGAAGAAAGCGUCGAUGAAAAGUCUCCCACGCAGACGAGUGUGAUAAGUGCAUUUUCAGAAUCUGGCUCGUCGUCAAGUUCGUCGACGGAAACUAUGAAGAAUACAAAAUCGUACGGUCAUUGCUCUAUUGAUGAUCACGACGAUAGCAGUCUGUCAAAUCGAUCUUCGCUAGUAUUGAUAGCAGAACAGCUACGGGGGAAAGACGAAGAACUCAAGCGAACAUUGGAGGAUAAGGCGAGAAUCGUUGCCGAAUUGCGGGGUGCUGGAAUGACGUCUGGAUAUUCAUCAGCAGGCGAGAGUCACGUGAAUGGGGAUCAGAUGGAAGCCAGGGAUUUGAUCUUGGCAGCAAUUCUACAAGCGAAUCGAUUAACAGUGGCUGUGAGUGAUAUUCUCAGUCCUGGACCUGGUGAGGAGGAUAUAACGAGAUCGAUGUCUACCAUGUCAUUAGACAGAGCUAUACAUGAUGGGGAUGUUUCGCCACAGCAACAACUGGUUUUGUCGACGUCUAUACUAAACGAACAAUUAACGGCCCUUUUGGGAAUCAUAACAGAGCGAGAUAUGGCGAGAGAAAGCUUACGGUGCGAUUUACAAUAUGCAAAUACUCAAAUACAACGGUUAAAGCAAGGACGUUCCUCAUCGCGGCGGACACGUGACUCAGGGAGUUCAAGUAUGAUAUCCUCUCAUGAUGAAUAUUCUAACUUUCGGUCAGUGGAUUCUCAUCGAAUUAGCUCCCCAACUUCCUCGAUGGCUGAUAUCGACUCAGAUUACGCGCCUUUGUCWGAAGCAAGUGCAAGUGAUUGGUUGUCAGAAGAUAACAUGGAUGUAGGGAGAUCAGCGUCUUUCAGCUACCGAGAYAGAAAUUCAUUUGCUACAAGUGGUUACCGAUCGUCAACAGCCUCCUCGCAUCUUUCACGACAUAGGUAUCCCGCAAACAAGACUUACUGGAGUGACGACCCUGAUUACGAGUCUCAGUUCUAAGAUCACGUUGCUGGGCCCGAACAAGAAGUAUCACUAAUUAUUCUUUGCGUUGUAUUUAUUUUAGCCAARUAUCAGCUUGUGUCAAUGAGUAAAAUAUGCCUUGCAAUGACAUAACAAUAGUAUAUAUAUCAACCUUGUAAGUUGGCAUCUUCUGUUCUGGUUAAAACAGAAGCUGUCUGCGGAUGAGGCAAGUGCACUGAAGGUUUUCAAACCAGUUUUGAUUGAGCAACUUAUGCCUUCAAUGAAUCCUGUUUUGCUCAAAUGAUAAUCAUCGACAUUUCAUUAAUAUCUCAUCAUUUUGUACGCCACCCAUUAAAUUAUCCAUAUUUUAAACUGGAAUAAUUCCAAUGAAUAUUUUUACAAACUCGGUAGCUUAUAAGAAAAUAGUUCCUUUUGAGGUCACAAAUGCCAACGAGAUUUUGAAAGGAAAMUAAGAAACGUUUUAAUAUAAAAUUUUUGCCAAGGUUUACAAAGUGAAGUAAAAAUUUAAUUUCUCGCUUUUUCAAACAGUGACGUCUCCGAUUUUCUUGCCAUGAAAAAAAAAACAUUCUUAUUGGCUAUUGAAUAAAUUUAUAAAAUUAUGAGUUAAAUUUGCAGUUGAGUACGAAUUCUUACUGCUUAAUAAGGGAAUCUACCUAAAUUUUUGUAAAUAAACGUUUUGUGUAAAUUAGACGAAUUUUAAUAUUCAUAGGUAUUAUUAUUAUUAUUAUUAUUAUCCCUUUGCGAUAAUUCUAUUGUACAAUCUAGCUAGAAGAUAUAUUGUAAGAAUCAGUAAGGCUCAAAAGAUUUCAUAUUAAAAAAUUUCCAAAGCUUA